CCAUUUUGUCAUGCAGAGGCGUCUUACCAGGCAUAGCCCAUUUCCACAGAAUUGUCACAAGGAUUUGUUGCCCCUAGCUUGGACGUAUUGCACCUAUUAGCAGGAAACUAACUUGAAAUAUGGACGUCCUUGCAUCUUUUCGAGAUUUCGGGGGAGCUCAGGGCUCGUUCCUUUCGCUCCCAUGCGCGGACCUUUCUGGUGAACUGCUUCAGCUGGAUUCUUCAAAAAUGGACCCUAAAGGAAGUCUCCACCUUCGCUCUGGCGGCUCUGAGGACAGAGGGGUGGAGGGCCCGACAAGCUCGGGUAGCGGACCAACGGGAACACGGGGCCAAAAGCAGCCCAAGGAGUGCCAGAACGCUCAGAAAAGGUUUCGUGCACGCCAAAAGGAGCGCAUGACCCACCUAGAGCGGGAGGUGGCGGAGAAGAAGGCUGCCUUUGAACAGCUGGCAGCUGAGAAUGAGCUGCUGAAAGCACGGACGAACAUCUUGGAAAAGGUGGUCAACUGCCGCGACGAGCAGCUAAGCAUGAUGCAGGCCUUCGAGGCGCACUGCCGUACCACCGGGGACUCGCCGUCCUGCUUUGGCAACGGCGUGUCGAACACCAUGGCCAGCGAGCCGCCGGAGGCGCAGGAAGCCUACCGCAAGUUGAAGAAGGAGCAGGUGAUUCCGCAGUACAAGGCCUUCCUGGCCGAGGUGUCGCGCCACCUGCUGCACUGCCAGUACCCCUGCGCCGACCCCAACAGCCCCAUCGUGCAGCAGGUUGCUACCUGCGUGGAGCGCAUGGGCCGCGUGCUGAAACACAUCCUGCUGCUCAACUCGCCGCUCAUGCGCACGCUGCUCAGCCUCAACCUGGAGACGCUGCAGCCCGGCGCGGCGCCCGAGAGCCACUGGGACGACGUGGCGGCCUCGCUGCAGCUGGGGCCGCAGCAGCGGGCGGACAUACUGGCGGUGUACGACAUGUACCGCAACCUGAUUGCCAAGGUGUACGAGGAGCGCAAGCUGAUCAUGGCGGCGCUUGGCGGCGGAGUGGGCACCCUGGACCCCUCCCGUUCCUCCUUCGGCUCGCGCCCCGAGCUGCCCAGCGAGAUGGAGCUGACUGACCGGCUGGCGGCCAACAUGGUGAAGGAGCAUUCGGCGCGCACGCUGCUGUGCUGCUUCUUCUUCGGCAAGGUGCUGGCGCCCACGCAGUUCGCAAAGGUCGCCGUGUACUCGUACCCCUACUUCCCCGACUCCCUGGGAGUGGCCACCGCGCUAUCCCGCCAGGACAGCCAGCUGGCGGGGAUGGCACUGCUGGGCAGUGGCGGCAGCGGCACCGGCAGCAGCGACGGCAGGAUGCUGGCGCGGGCACCCAGGUUCUAAGUAAGACACCGGCGCGGGCUGGGCGGAAUGAGGGGGGCUAGUGCGGGUGCCCGGCUCUCCACCUCUCCUGGUGUGGCUGGGAGGGGCUGGGUGCGGGUGCGCGGUCUGCUCUCAGGCGUGCACCCGCCUGGACUGGUGUGCGGCCGCCUGGAGGCUGCACUGCAGCAGCAGAAAAAGCAGCACCAGCAGCAGAGAACACGAGGAGGACAGGAGGAGGAACAGGAGGAGGGUGGGCCCAGCCGUCCCAAGGGUGCGGAGCUGGGUGGUAAUUAGUGGGGCUGGGGAGUGCUGGCAUGGGUUGUCCAGGGUUGGGCGCUCUGCCGUUGCCGGGUUUCCAUGAACGUUCCUGUCACCUGCUUGUCGAGAUGUGUCUGCAGCAGGCUUUGUUGUCUGCGUGUUAUGGCAUGUUGGGCACGCGCGGGAAUGUAUUUCAUGGGGGUUGUUGCGGUGUUUUUGUUCUUUUUGUGUGUGUCAGUAUGUUGACGACGCUAUGAAUGGGGGCCAUUAUGAGAGAGAGCUCCGAAACAUAUGCUGCCAUUGUACAUCUGUGAGCUACUGAGAGGAAAAACAAUGAGGGAGGCAUGCCUGCGAGGGACAUGUGCGCGUGUUGUACAGCGUUGGUUCCGUUGUGGUUUUUCGGUUGGAGUUGUUGCUGUCGUUGUUGGUUGACGCUGUUCAUCUUUCCAGUUAUGACAUGUCUAACUGUCAUGCUCUGUACUCUUUUACAAAUUACAACACAACUGAGCGGCGCGCUGCACAAAUGUUGUUUCAGUGCUGCUUAUGUGGAAGCGAGUUUGCCAGUUUGCCAAAACCCAGCAACAAGGCGGGAACGUCACUCUUGCCUCAUCCGUAAUGCUCACGGAUCAUCAUUAUCCAUUAGUCGUGUGUCGUAGCUGAACAAACGGGGCCGGCACUCUCGCCCGGUCUAUGCGUCGACAUCAAUGCGUGGAUUAUUGGGCGCCGCAGGAGGCUAGAUUCAACCGCAAGUGGCGUUUCCUUUAGUCUGUGUGUAUAUCGGUGCGCUAGGGUACAGGGAUCCUCCGUAGUUGGUUGCUCUGUCCCUGUCUUUGACUUUGGUCAUAUCACUUGUGUCCACCCUGGCCCUGGGAGUCUGAGUGCAGACGCUUGAUGGAUACAUGCACCCCAAGCGGCGCAUGUCAUGCGGGGUGUCUGUGUUGAGUUGUGUGUCGACUUCUCUCGGUAGUGCAUCUCCAUAAGAAGGGCUCCGUAAGGGGCCAAGGCACGCGCGGCGGCAGGGGUCGCGGCGUCAUUACGUCCGCGCUUUUGCGCUGCGCUUACGACGUCUGAGCAUCGUUCGUAGAAGAAGUAUGAAGAGAUUGCAAACUUGGGCGUCGGUGGGUUGGUUUUGGAGGCGUAGGAGGGCAGGAGGAGGCAGGGUUAGCGAGAUGGGGAGGCGUGUCGGAUUUGGGGGGCGUUGCUUACUUGCUUUGUUGUAGGUGUAGAGGUGAAACCUCCGCACCGCGGGUUGCCGCCAAUCGUUUUGUGUCAAGGACAACAGGAGGGGUCGCUGCACUGCCGAAUGCGGGUCAGUAGGGCCGUGUCGGUGCGUUGGCGAUGGGCUGGAGUGGGUGUAAACCCGGUUGGCAGCUCCCAACUCGUUACAGAAUUUUGUACGGCAUGCGCUGGGUUGCAUUAAAAUCUCAUUGUGCGGCACAGGGGCACAGAAGCUUUGAAGGGUGUCGUUUACGUGUGUGAAGGUGAGUACAGCUUGCUUGAGGUGCCCUUGGCGAAGGAGGACCUGCUGCUGGUGGUGUGUUAAAAAAGCCGGCGGCGAGUGCACUUUCCAAAUGCGCAUGUCUUCUGGCGUACGGCGCAUAACGUUGGCGGUGCUGCCCUGGUGCGUGUCCGCUUCCCUCGCAUCGCGGUGCAUGUGCUCCCCAGCUUGUUGCCGCUGGGUCGGCGGCUUGGCCUAUGUGCGCAUGCACCCCAGGCGCCUUGGCUUUGUUGCAUAAAACAGAAGGUAAAAGGUGGUCGACAUGGGUGUCAUCCGAGUACGACGAUGGGGGCAUGUGUUGGAUAGAGCCAGCUCUCUGGGUCGUCUGCGGCUGCAGCUGCUGUGCUGUCCUCAUCCACCCUGUGAUGCUGCGGAGACGUCGUAGCCAGCGCGGCACGCGGGUAAGUGGGCUGUUUGCGGUUUUGUGGUGACCUUCUGACGUUUUUUGAGGUGGUUGUGGGGGUUGCCGUGCACGCAUGGGGUGAGGGGCUUUGUACGUCCCAAGGUUUGUUGGGCAUUGGGUGCUGGUGUUUGACAGCGUGGUUAUGUGUCUAUAGCCGUUUGGCUGCCUGCGAUCUUAGCUGCUGCCAUGAAGGUUGUCCUCUGGCUCUUUUCCCGGCACUUUGGGCUUGCGAGUGGUGGGUGCACCUAGCCGUGGGUGCUCGUUUUGAGCCUUUCCUUUCCCCAUAAUCUGCCGGCUGCGUCCGAUGGAUUUAGGUUACUGUUAUUGCAUUGCCAGCGCUAUUACUGUACGGGUAGUUACAUUUGCUGACACAUAUAGGGGGUUGUGAAUUACCUUGCUCCUAUUAUAGUAGUAUGUAGUAUGAACAAAUGCCAGCUCUGGGAGACGCAACGUGUGUACUAUCCACGCAUUUGUUCAGACGUUGUGCGAGAAGGCAUGCGGGGAUUCACAGUUUUUCAUUGGCUUCAUUAAUCCCGAUUGGGGCGUUCAGGGCAAGCCAAUGCUAAUGCUUUACAUAAGGAGGUUUGCCUUGCCAGGCACUGCUGCGGCACUGUUGGUCGGUGUGUUGCACUGUCUGCACCUCAAGGACGGCCCUCACGGCCGGCUACAAUCUGUAACAUACGUCACCAAA